AUUUAUUGUCGACUUUGCCUGUUUCAGAAUUCAGCGCGGGCCAGUGCCAGAGGCAAGGAUGGAACGCGCUGGGGCUGCGACAGGUGCACACUGGCCAGACGGUGACGGUGGUGUCGGGCAACGCCGGGAAUCGGUAUCGGGUGCAGUCCAACGACGGUUUGUCCUCCGUGCUGGUGGUUCGUCGACUGAUGGACAAAUGGGGGGCCAAGAGCGAGGGGAGAGCCGCGGCCGGGGCGCCCAGCGUCGGACAGAAUCACGUCCGAUCGGUGCAUCGUCGUAUAGACGAACAUUUCGCGGCCCGGCGAGAGAUCGACAGGAUAACGAACGAGAUCGGGCUGCUGACCAGCCAGCUGAGGAACGUCGAGAGAAGGAUGCUGCGAGCCGCGAGGGAAAGAAACGAGGGAUCUCUGGCCGACACCGGGCUGCCGUUUCUCUUCGAUCGCACCUGUCGCGCGAUCUUCGCCCUCCUCGAGGAUCUCGCGAAAGCGCGAACAGUGCGGGAACGAGCGGGCCACGAGCUUCGAUGCUCGGUGGAGUUGCUGCUGCUGGUGACGAGGUGGAACGCCAGCGACGAGAAUUACGAGGCGCUGCGAGCAGCGAUCGGCUUCGAGCCUCGUCCGUCCGAUCGGCUGGACUGGGAGGAGACGGCCGACGCGGCGCUGACAGCGUUGCUCGAGUCCACCUCGAGGAAGUCCGCUGGCACGGAGACGGGGUGCUCGUCCGCGUGGAACGCCCUCACCCCUAUCGCCACCGUCAGGGAGCUGAGCAAGCUGAAGACGCGUCUGGCACACGCGAUCGGCCGACUCGCGGGCGCCAGGGAGUCCGACAUUGCCGAGAUGGAGGCCAACGACGUCGCCGAGUCGUCUGCUUAACGUUAAUCUUCAAAAUCUUCUUUGCAUCGAAUGUGCAACGGGCGACAAUUUUGGUUCCUCGAUCGAUCCGAGGUAUAUUAAUAUUCUCGUACGGACGAGAAAUUAACUCGACGAAUCGCAACGUCGCGUCGUCACGCCACGAUGAUUCAUUCUGGCGCCGCGAUUCUGCUUUCCCGGCUGGUUAAUUAACGAGAGAAUCGCGCGGGUCGAAAGAUUGCACGACAAUGCGCGUUUUGUUCGGCGGUUUCAACUUGCGGGAAAAUGUUCGCAUGUUUGGAAGCAGACGAAUCGAAUCGAAUCGAGUUAAAUCGGAUCGAAGCGUUUGGCUCUCGUAACGGAUUCGUUUACCGCUCGCGAUAACCGAGCUGCCGGUCGAGGACGUUUCGAGGAAAGAGCGUCCGCGGUCGGAAGCGGCGCUUCAGAGGAAAGAUCGCAUCCUCACGAUGAGACAUCGAGCGACAGACAGACUCUAGAUUCUUUUCGAAUCUUUUCGUCUCGAUCGUGUAGGUUCAUCCACUUUUUCGGUGGGUGGCAAAGUUUUUCAAUUCUGUUGCUAAUAAUUUUCUAGCGUUUCAAGUGUUUUAUUUGAAAUUCACUUCAAAGGGCAGUUCUUAUUCGGUAGUACUUAUUUGAAACAGCUGCUUUUACUAAUUAUAUCGAAUAUAGCCCCCGUAACGUUGUCGUAAUUUAUAUCUGCGAAGCUUGUAAAUUUUUUUCGAUAAUUGCAACAAACGUAUAUAUAGGAGUAUAUCCACGAGCGAUGUCUGUUUGAUACUGUACUGAAAUUUUAUUUCACUUGAGAGUUGAUACAGUUUUAAUUUAUACUAUGAUUUAACAACAGGCUGAACACUAGAUGCCAAUAUACUUCACUGGAACAUAAGCUAUGUUAUAAUGAGUUAAAUUAUUGUCACACGACAGUGUUUAUUAAACUUGAAGAAAACAUUA